GCCCACCGGCUCCGGCUGUUUCUCAGGGACCGAGCGGCGCCCUGCGCGCUCUGGAGGCGGCGGGGCUGGGGCGCGGCCGGGGUACCCUCCCCUCUGCCCCUGCCUCGGGGGCGGCGGUGACUGCGAAACCGGUCAGAGGUGGGAUGGAGGAGGCUGCGCCCAGAUGCUAGCCCCGGGCGUCGCGGUAGCCACGUGUGGGCCGCGCUUUGUGCUGUGUCAUUGCGCUCGGCUCGGGUGGGGGCGGUGCGGGGCCGGGCUCCUCCCAGGCCCGGGGAGAGGUGUGAGGAUGCAGAGCCCGCCCCGCCUCCCCCGCCUCUCGGUAGGUGCCCGCCACUUGCCUGUCUCCGUGCCUGGCCGCCAUGUUUUUUCCCCGCAGGUGCUGGCCCGGCUGGGGGUCGCCGGCCAGUGGCGCUUCGAGGACGUGCUGGGACUGGAAGAGGAGUCUCUGGGCUCGGUGCCGGCGCCUGCCUGCGCGCUGCUGCUGCUCUUUCCUCUCACGGCCCAGCAUGAGAACUUCAGGAAAAAACAGAUUGAAGAGCUGAAGGGACAAGAAGUAAGUCCUAAGGUGUACUUCAUGAAGCAGACCAUUGGCAACUCCUGUGGAACCAUCGGACUCAUUCAUGCAGUGGCCAAUAAUCAGGACAAACUGGAGUUUGAGGAUGGGUCAGUUCUGAAACAGUUUCUUUCUGAAACAGAGAAGUUGUCCCCUGAAGACAGAGCAAAAUGCUUUGAAAAGAAUGAGGCCAUCCAGGCAGCCCAUGAUGCUGUGGCACAGGAAGGCCAAUGUCGGGUAGAUGACAAAGUGAACUUUCAUUUUAUUCUGUUUAACAACGUGGAUGGCCACCUCUAUGAACUUGAUGGACGGAUGCCUUUUCCGGUGAACCAUGGCACCAGUUCAGAGGGCUCACUGCUGCAGGACGCUGCCAAGGUCUGCAGAGAAUUCACCGAGCGUGAGCAAGGGGAGGUCCGCUUCUCCGCCGUGGCCCUCUGCAAGGCAGCCUAGUGCCUCGUGGGGGCGCCUCGCUUUUUCCCCCUUUCCUUCAUCGUGAAAGUGUAUCCCUACCUAUGUGGUCUAAGUGCUUCAGUACUGGUGGAGCACAGCUGUUCUCCUUCAGUUCUGCAGAUACGCACUUACCCGCAACUUCGCCCACGCACUAGCAGAGCUCCAUCCAGCAAGUUUGGUGUCAGCCUCUGAUGGCAAAGCAUUCCCCUCAUUGUAUGUCUUAUACCUCAGUAUCUAAUGCUUUAAUGGCUACUUUGGUUUGUAUCUGUAAGCUAAGGCCUUGGAUGUGGUUUGUCCUUAAAAGGAAUAAAGUUUUUCUGCUGAUAAGAGAA